GGACGGUGGUGCGCAUUAUUUGGAUUUUACCAGGAAGCCGAGAAAGAAGCAAGAGUUUGAGCAGACGUAGCGGUCUAUGUUGGGCGGUGGGAGAACUCCCUCCCGUGGGAGAGGUAGCUCUCGAGGGAGAGGUUUUCGGCAGGAGAGGAGAGACUCGGACUCAACAGCUCAAGGCGUCUCGGGGCCCUACAGACAAGUUGCAGGUCGCGGCUCCGUCCAGCCACGCAAGAGGACGGGCUCUGGAGCUGCACCGGCUACAGGAGGGAGGAGUGGCCCCUCACAGAAGGUGUUGGCGCGUGCGGCAGCGAUCAGGGAGACGGCCAGCCGGUUUGCGAGGGAUGAAAGUUCCAGCGAGAGCGAUGAGGAGGAGGAGGAGGUGGAGGGAGGAGAGGUGGUGGAAAGACUGCUAAAGAACUACUACCAGAUCUUGGCUCAGACGGAGGUGAAAGCAUGGAUGGAGAGGUUUUGAAAGCAGCCAUGACGUCUGCUGGUGGGUCCUGCCUCGUCUGUCUCUCCAGCAUCAAGAGAACAGAUGCUGUGUGGAGUUGCAGCCAGUGCUACUGUCUGUUUCAUCUCCAGUGCAUCCAGCAGUGGGCGAGGGACGGGGAGAGGCAGCUCUCUCUCCUCUCUCCCGAGCUGUUCCCGGGACAAGAGGUCCUCUGGUCUUGCCCCAAGUGUCGACUGGAGCAUCCGAUGAACCUGUUCCCAAAGACCUACUUCUGCUUCUGUGGCAAACAUACUGAUCCACCGGUCGAUCUGUGGUUACUCCCUCAUACGUGUGGAGAGAUCUGUGGGAAACCUCUCCAGCCAGAGUGUGGGCACAGCUGCGUCUCUCUCUGUCACCCAGGACCCUGUCCUCCGUGUCCAAAGACCCUGAAUGUGUCUUGUCACUGUGGGCGGAGUCCCGCGAUGGUGAAGAGGUGUGGGGUGAGAGGGUGGAUGUGUGGAAGAGUGUGCGGGCGAGAAUUGGACUGUGGUCUUCAUUCCUGCGAACAACGUUGCCACGAUGGUCAGUGUGGUGAGUGUGGGGAGAUGAUAGAGCAGUCUUGUGUGUGUGGAAGAGAGAGCAAGCAGCUGGGCUGCACCGCUCCUCCAUGGCAGUGCUCUCAGGUCUGUGGGGAGCUGCUGUCAUGUGGAUGCCACAGCUGCCAGAGAGUGUGUCACUCCGGUCCUUGUGGGGGCUGUCCUCGUUCCGGUACCAGAACCUGCCCCUGCGGGAAGACUGAGCACGACAUACCGUGCACUGAAGAAGUCGCGACAUGCAAAGACACAUGUGGCAAAGAUCUCCUGUGCAGCCAACACAAGUGUAUGAGACCGUGUCACUAUGGACCAUGUGGACAGUGUCUCCAGAUGGCGGUAAGAGGCUGCAGAUGUGGGAAGAAGGAGAAGCAGGUGACGUGUAGCUCUGAGUACUUGUGUGAGGCCAAGUGCUCGCGGAUGAGACAAUGUGGACGCCACCAAUGUCGGAGAAAGUGUUGCGAUGGUCGAUGUUUGCCUUGCGAGCAAGUGUGUGGAAGGACUCUGGGCUGUCGGAACCACAAGUGUGCUGCUCCGUGCCACGUUGGUCGGUGUUAUCCGUGCAUCCUGACAGCUGAAGUGAGCUGUGCCUGUAAGACCACAACUGGAGUUGUUCCUUGUGGAUUGAGGAAGACAACUAAACCUCCGCGCUGCAGACAGCCCUGCAGAAAGCCACCAGCGUGCCACCACACAGAGGGCAGUCCUCACAACUGUCAUUUCGGGGUGUGUCCUCCGUGCAAACUGGUCUGCGGGAAGAUCUUCUCUUGUGGCCACUCCUGUCUUGCUCCCUGUCACUCCCUCCCGACCACGCCCACCGUUCGGCCCCCGGGGGUGGCCCCCUGGGUGAAAAUUGAGCCUGUCGUUACUCCCUGUCCUCCGUGCUCCACACUUCUGACCAAAGCCUGCAAGGGAGAACACGAGAUUUCAGAGCAGUCAUGCUCGUCUUUGCGAGAUUAUUCCUGUGGGAGAAAGUGUGGGCGGAGACUCAAGUGCGGGAACCACACCUGCCAACGAGGCUGCCACGAAGUCAUCAACCCUCCUGACUCCACCGUGGCAGGUGAAGACUGUCUGGAGUGCAACCGAGGGUGCGAGGUGCCACGCCCACCUGGCUGCACCCAUCCCUGUCCUCGCCCCUGUCAUACUGGUCCUUGUGAAGUGUGCAGAGUGCUGGUAAAAGUGAGGUGCCAUUGCGACACUAUGAACCUCUUUGUCGAAUGCUGGUGAGAGAAUGGGAGGAGGGAGGGGAGCGGGAAAAGAGAGAGAGGGAGAGAAGGAGAGGGAAAGGAAGAGGAAGAAGGGAGUGCUAGAAAAAUAGUGUGUGUCUGCUCUUUAGUAAGUGGACAGCUGCCAGUGAAGAAGAGAAGAUUGAGCUAUCCACUUGCACCAGCCAAUGCACCAAACAGUUGCCGUGUGGACAUAGGUGCCCCCUGGGUUGUCACCACGGCAACUGCCCCCCUCCUGAAACAUGUCAGAGAAAAGUCACCCUUCGCUGCUCAUGUCGCAGGCUCAAGAAGGAGGUAAAGUGCAAUGAAAGAGACACUAAGGCCCCAGCUUGUGAUGGCGAAUGUAGAAGACUUAUAGCUGAAAAAGAGGAGGAGAAGAAGAGAGAGGAGGAGGAGAGGAGGAGGAGGGAGGAGAGGGAGAAGGCAGAGGAAGAGGCAGCCUUGGCGAGACAGUUGCAGCCAAGGAGGAGGAGGAGGAGGCCACGGAGAGAAGAGGAGGAGGAAGAGGAAGAACAAGGAUUCCUCAGACGUCACUGUCGCCUGGUGGUGGUGGGCGGAGCAGUGGGUGUGGUCUCAGUGACUGUGGCAUUACUUGGGUACUCACUAGCAGGCUAAUGCAACAAUACUGUAAAUGAAUACUGUUCAGUAAACUUGAUGUGGCACGUUACGUAAUAGGGAGACUCGCUUUGCUUGUCAAUGGUUGCCAAUAAGGGAGUCUAUUGUAGAGCACUCACAAACUCAAAGACUAUAGUAAUGUUGCCUUGUACUGCGAGCGUUUGUCUACAGCACCACUGAAAGCAUCACAUAGUACUGACACAAUUUCUACAUGACGUGAUUAACCCAUGAAAAGGGAAGAUGCAUGGAUGUUAAAUUUUUUUUCUUGUCAGGUAUUUAUAUAUACCACUCCUACAGUUUACACUGUAGGCCAGGUAAUUCACGGUCGGGAGCAGCAGAAUCAUUGCCAGCAUUGCUAGGAUUCUCUUCACCCGUGACAUGUAGGACUGAGCCUGCAGCUCUUCUACCAUAGCGAUGCACUCCACUGCUUUUGUACUGCAGGCUUUCCGGUUGAAUGCCUUCAACACCUUGUACGUGUUGGUUGAAAAUUUCCAUGUUUGCUUUUCCCUUUAUGCCGAUGUUUACUUUACUCUUUGGAUGGUUCUGUAGUCUUUCGGUGUUGAAGAUGUUCGCCGGCCCCUUGCCUUCUGUUGCUCGUGUUAUUUGAACAGCUCUUGAGCCUUCUUGGGGAAUCAUAUCUGCUUUCAUUUUGCUGUACAUGUCACGCGGUACCUCAACUUUCAUAACCGAUUUUCCGUCGGACGGCCGGCUUUCGUAGUACGGAACAGUGUGUUUCGAGCUCUCACUCAUCCAAACCUCUCCUCCAUUGGCCGCUUGCGACUUCACCAGCUUCCCUGCUUUCACGGACUCUGAAACCUCUGCUUUGUCAGCAACUCUGUAAAGUUUAACAUUAUUACGUGCAUCUCUAAGGUUCACAGCUGCUUUGCCAGCAAUGUAACCUGUCACACCAUCAAAUGCAACUCCCACGGCAGAAUCGAAAACGUCCCCAACCGUUGCAUUGCCUUCUAUCAUGCUAGUAACUGCAGCAACUUGGCCUGCUGGUCUAUAUUCUCCAUGCACGGCAGAAUCUACUCCUGUGGUGAUACCGUCCAAAGCGGCACCUCCAGUUACCCCUCCAGUGAUAGCUCCAAAUGGCCCAGCGACCAGUCCCCCUACCGCUCCGCCGAUAAAAACUCCUGUACUUCUAGAUGCCGAUUUCAUGGCAUUGUCCCCACCGUCUUUAUCUCCACAAGCAUAGUGGAUUCCUCCCUUGAUAUGACCCACCACGGGCACACCAUUCGCAAAGUCACUCGUGCUA